UAAAACCUAGGGUUUUUCAUUCAGCCCUAUAAAAGCAAAGAACAAAGCACUUGCUUCGCCUUUGUACUCCCAAAGCCUCCAGAAGCAGUAGCUAAACAGGUAAGAGAUGAAGCACAACAAUGUUAUACCCAAUGGGCACUUCAAGAAGCAUUGGCAAAACUAUGUAAGGACUUGGUUCAACCAGCCAGCUAGGAAAACAAGGAGACGUGCUGCUAGACAGCAGAAGGCUGUGAAGAUCUUCCCUAGGCCAACUGCGGGAUCACUUCGACCUAUUGUUCAUGGACAAACACUGAAAUACAACAUGAAAGUCCGGGCAGGGAGGGGAUUUUCUCUUGAAGAACUGAAAGCAGCUGGUAUUCCCAAGAAACUAGCACCAACCAUUGGCAUUGCUGUUGAUCAUCGCCGCAGGAACAGAUCAUUGGAAGGGCUCCAAACCAAUGUCCAGAGGCUCAAGACUUACAAAGCUAAGCUUGUCAUCUUCCCAAGGCGUGCUAAGAAAGUCAAGGCUGGUGAUUCUAGUGCAGAGGAACUUGCUAUUGCCACCCAGGUCCAGGGUUCAUACAUGCCUAUUACUAGGGAGCAGCCAGCUGUUGACCUUGUCAAGGUCACAGAUGAGAUGAAAUCAUUCAAUGCAUAUGGCAAGCUGCGUAUCGAGCGUACAAAUGCGCGACACAUCGGAGCCAGGUUGAAGAGGACAGCUGAAGCAGAAAAGGAAGAAAAGAAAUAAGCAAUUAGAAUUGUCGUGUAGCUUAUUAAGCAUUAUCAGUUUUUUGGUGGACUGAAUGAGAUGGAGUUUAUGAUACAAUUAUAUUCAGGAUCUUGAGCUUUUCUCUUUAUUCAAGAAUUUUGUUUUGCUUGUGAGAUCAUGCAAAUCUUUUGAUGGUGUUUAUGUUGAAGCCUAAGUCCUAUUUC